AUGCACCAGCCCGCAACCAUAGAGUCCUUAAUGCAACGGAUCAACGAACACAUCCUUGUGGAGGAUGAUGCCGCCUCCGCAACCGAGAAGGCUAAUCCAGUCGCGGCGGAUAGAACAAUGGCGGGGAAGGUUGACUCGGUGGGGCAGGAGUACAACCGCCCAAACGACCGGUCAAAAGAUCAACGUCGUGGCUCAAACCGCGAUGAUAGAAGUAAAGGUCGCAGAAACGACCGAGCUAACGCUUCUCGUGAUGAAGAGGAAGAUGCCAAGAGAAAAUUGAAAGCGCGAACAGGUAUCACCACGGUCUUUAAAAUCCCUAUUUACCGCAUCCUGAGUGAAAUCCGAGGAUUGUUUGUCGCUCAAACAACAUUUGGAGGAGCUAGUGGCAGCGGGACAUCUGGACCAAUACAUAGAUGGGCUAUAAAAGCCGUUCCACUGGGACAAACAGAGCCAAACGGCCUAGCCGCCCUAAACGCAACGUCGCAAGGCGUAAUCAACGUCAUCCAUGGCAUCAUUGAACCGGCACGGGUCUGCGAGCUGAGGGGGAUGAUCAAGAAAGCCGAGCACAUGAGGGAGGUGCUCUCCGUUCAACCAGCUGUAAAGAAAGGAAAGACCGAAGAAAAAGAUAUCCUUACAUUUUCAAGUAAGGACUUGGAGAGAAUUCAAGUGCCCCACAAUGACGCCCUAGUAGUGACUCUUCGUGUUAAAGACUUCGACAUCAAAAGAAUUGACCAGGGGAGUUUAGUUGAAAUCAUGUAUUAUGACGAAUUCAAACAAAUGAAGUUGGAGGACAAGGACUUAGCCCCUGCAACGUCUCCUUUGGUUGGCUUCAAUUCUCAACCAAAAUGGCCGAUAGGAAAGAUCAUAUUGCCGGUCAAAGCGGGUUCGGUCAUGAAGCAAGUAGAGUUUUGGGUGCUUAAGAUCCCAUCCACCUACAACUUAAUCUUGGGCAGGGGCUGGUUGCACGCCAUGCAAGCAGUAGCGUCGACCUACCAUCAGGUUCUGCACUUCCUGACGCUAACCGGGCAGGUAGAAGAGGUUUGGGGAGACCAGGUAAUGGAAAAACAGUGCUUCGUUGCGGUGAACGGCAGCCGAGCUGCCAAAGGCUUCGUUCAAAUGAUAAAGGGCCCGGAAGGAAAGGAAGUCCUGGAAGACGUGGGAAGAAAGGCCGAGAAGAAAUCGGUUAAAGAUUUGGUGGAGGUACGCAUCGACGAGAACAAUCCAACUAAGUUCUUUCUUUUGGGAUUACCCUUGUCCAGCGCCGAGUGA